AGGCCAGCCGCGGGUCACGUGACCGGCCAACAUGGCCGCCCGCGGAGACUGCCGCCGGGAGGGGCAGGAGUCGGAGCCCGAGCCGGAGCCGGGGCCGCAGCCGGGGCCCGAGGCAGGCCUAGAGUCGGGGGAAGAGUUCGAGAUCGUGGACAGGAGCCAGCUGCCGAGCCACGGCGAGCUGCGGAGUGCGGCGCGGCCUCGGGCAGCUGACGGCUGGUCGGCGCCCAUCCUGACGCUGGCGCGCAGAGCCACCGGGAACCUGUCGGCGAGCUGCGGGAGCGCGCUGCGCGCGGCCGCGGGGCUCGGAGACGGCGGCGGUGGCGGCGGCGGGGAGCGCGCAGCUUCCAAGGGCCAGAUGAUGGAGGAGCGUGCCAACCUGAUGCACAUGAUGAAACUCAGCAUUAAAGUCUUACUCCAGUCUGCCCUUAGCCUGGGACGCAGUCUGGAUGCAGACCAUGCCCCUUUGCAGCAGUUCUUUGUAGUGAUGGAGCAUUGCCUCAAACAUGGGCUGAAAGUUAAGAAGAGUUUCAUUGGCCAAAAUAAAUCUUUCUUUGGUCCUUUGGAGCUGGUGGAAAAACUUUGUCCUGAAGCAUCAGAUAUAGCUACCAGUGUCAGGAAUCUUCCAGAACUGAAGACAGCCGUGGGACGAGGCAGAGCCUGGCUUUAUCUUGCGCUCAUGCAAAAGAAACUGGCAGAUUACCUGAAAGUCCUCAUAGACAAUAAGCAUCUCUUAAGUGAGUUCUAUGAGCCUGAGGCAUUAAUGAUGGAGGAAGAGGGGAUGGUGAUUGUCGGUCUGCUGGUGGGACUCAAUGUUCUGGAUGCCAAUCUCUGCUUAAAGGGAGAAGACUUGGAUUCUCAGGUUGGAGUGAUUGACUUUUCCCUCUAUCUGAAGGAUGUGCAGGAUCUUGACAGCGGCAGAGAGCAUGAAAGAAUUACUGAUGUCCUCGAUCAAAAAAAUUACGUGGAAGAGCUUAAUCGGCACUUAAGCUGCACAGUUGGGGAUCUUCAAACGAAGAUAGAUGGCUUGGAAAAGACGAACUCAAAGCUUCAAGAAGAGCUUUCAGCUGCAACAGACCGAAUUUGUUCCCUGCAAGAAGAACAGAAGCAGCUGAGAGAACAGAACGAGUUGAUUCGUGAAAGAAGUGAAAAGAGUGUGGAGAUAACAAAACAGGACACCAAAGUUGAGCUGGAGACUUACAAGCAGACCCGGCAGGGCCUGGACGAAAUGUACAGCGAUGUGUGGAAGCAGCUGAAGGAGGAGAAAAAAGUGCGACUGGAUCUAGAGAAGGAACUGGAGUUACAGAUUGGAAUGAAGACUGAGAUGGAAAUCGCCAUGAAAUUACUGGAGAAGGACACCCAUGAGAAGCAGGACACACUGGUGGCCCUCCGCCAACAGCUGGAGGAAGUCAAAGCGAUUAACUUGCAGAUGUUUCACAAAGUUCAGAAUGCAGAGAACAGUUUACAGCAGAAGAAUGAAGCCAUCACAUCUUUUGAAGGAAAAACCAAUCAAGUGAUGUCUAGCAUGAAACAAAUGGAAGAAAGGUUGCAGCAGGCAGAAAGGGCCAGACAGGGGGCAGAAGACCGGAGCCACAAGCUGCAGCAGGAGCUCAGCGGGAGGGUCAGUGCCCUACAGCUACAGCUGUCCCAGCUGCGUGACCAAUGCUCAGGUCUAGAGAAAGAACUGAAAUCAGAAAAAGAACAAAGACAAGCUCUCCAGAGAGAAUUACAACAUGAGAGAGACACCUCCUGUCUGCUCCAGACAGAGCUGCAGCAAGUGGAAGGACUGAAGAAGGAGCUACGGGAGCUCCAAGAUGAGAAGGCGGAGUUACAGAAGGUCUGUGAGGAGCAGGAACAAGCCCUCCAGGAAAUGGGACUGCACCUCAGCCAGUCCAAACUAAAGAUGGAAGACAUAAAGGAAGUAAAUAAGGCGCUGAAGGGACACACAUGGUUGAAAGAUGAUGAAGCAACAUACUGUAAGCAGUGUGAGAAGGAGUUCUCCAUUUCCCGAAGAAAGCACCACUGCCGAAACUGUGGCCACAUUUUCUGCAAUACCUGCUCCAGCAACGAGCUUGCCCUGCCCUCCUACCCUAAGCCAGUGCGUGUGUGUGACAGCUGUCACACCCUGCUCCUGCAACGCUGCUCCUCCACAGCCUCCUGAGGCCAUCAGCCUCACCAGUAGGGACCAUAACCUGUUGACCUCCAUCCUCGCAGUGAUGGAAAGCCUCAGGUACAGUGCCAAACUCUGGGCCUCCAGCGACCUGCAAGGGCCCAAGAGAAUCAAAGGGAAGAAUGAAAUCCUCUCCAGGCUGUCAGCCUGAGGACAGCACCAAGUGACAGCUGAGCAUUUUUCCAUGGAUUCUAUGGAGCCAGCUCUAGUCUGACAUGUCUGCAUCCUCAGUUAUAUCCUGGCUUUGGUACAGGUGUAACUUCAUGAUUUUGGUACUGUCACUUUCACUUUUCAAAAGAUUAACCUAUUUUGCAUAUAGGUAUAGAAUCCUACCCACAUCCCACAGAAACGUUCAUUUCUGCAGUGCUUUGAACCUCAUGGAUGGCGGUGUGCCUUGUCUGCUUCAAAAUCCAGCAUUUGCCAUCCUGCCCCUGUCAACACCUACCAUUAGCCCCGCAAUAAAAUCCUUUAUUUUUCA